AUGUUUUCAAUUCUUUAUAAAUUCUCCAGUUACCCUAAAUGCACUCUACAUGAAGAUUAUGGUCGCCUUUUGGAGAGCAGACAAUUCUGUGAUAUUACUUUUAUUGUGGGAGAGGAGAAAGUCGAAAUUCCAGCUCAUAUUGCAUUGGUUGCUGCUCGUUCACCAUUACUUCGUGCCAAAAUUCGGAGAGCAAAAGCUCAGCUGGCUCAAGAAGUCGCAGCAAAUGAUGCAGCCAAUUGCCAAAAUGAAGACAUACAGCAGCAAUCAUCUUCUUCACAUCAAAAAGAUUCAUCCAGUCGACUCAAAGUUAUUAUUCCUGAUGCUGUUCCUAAAGCUUUUGAAAUGGUUCUUUCUUACAUUUAUACUGAUCGAAUUCAUCCAACACAAAAAGGUCAAGAGCCAAGCAGUAAUGAAGUUAUUCUCCUUAUGAUGGAUGUGUAUCGGCUUUCUGUACAGUUUAAUAUGACCCGGCUUGAACAACUCUGUAUUAAUUAUCUUGAGGCUUGUAUUGGACACAAGAAUGUUCUAGUUGCUUUACAGAAUACAGCUAAACUUAAACUUGAUUUCAUUAAGGAAUACUGCUUAAAAUUUAUAGUAAAAGAAAGCAAUUACAGUCAGAUUAUUAUGAGCAAGGAAUUUGAAACGAUAGAUCAACCCCUGAUGGUAGAAAUUAUCCGUCGAAAGCAUCAACCCCAGUUUAGAACUUUGCCUGAUCCACACCCUGAUCCUAAUAACUCAAAUACAUUGGAAAAAGACAUGGAAACGUUUUUGAAAGUAGUUGGCCAUGAAUUCUGUGAUAUAACCCUGAUGUUGGAUGGUGCUCCAAUCCCAGCACACAAGUCAAUUUUGGCAGCCAGGAGCAGUUAUUUUGAAGCUAUGUUUCGAUCAUUCAUGCCAGAAGAUAACACAGUGAAAAUUGCCAUCGGGGAAAUGGUGCCUUCUCAGCAAGCUUUCCACAGUCUGAUGCGCUAUAUUUAUUAUGGAGAUGUAACAAUGCCGCCUGAAGAUUCUCUCUAUUUAUUCUCAGCUCCUUAUUUUUAUGGGUUUACAAACAACAGAUUGCAGGCAUUCUGUAAACAUAAUUUGGAAAUGAACGUCUCUUUCAAGAAUGUAGUGCAGAUUCUUGAAGCCGCUGACAAAAUUCAGGCUUCUGACAUGAAGAAACAUGCACUGAACAUCAUUGUGCAUCAUUUUCCAAAAGUAGCGCGUUUGCCCCAAAUUCGCAGUCUGACAAGGGAACUUCUGCUUGAUAUUAUUGAGGCACUGGCCAAUGAUAUGAACGAGGCACGUCUCUUCCCAGUUUUGGGGUGCAUACAUCCACAACUCAACACACACUAUCAAAAUUACCAGCAGCAUAUUCAGAUCUUCAUUACGUUGAGCCUGACCAUCGAGAUUGAUAUUUCCCCUAUAAAUAUGUGCCAUGUCGUAACUUACAGAUGA